AUGGCGCACCGAACCGAAAAGAGCCAAUUGAAACGGCCUCGCGGCACGCUGCCAGAAGACGGUACAGACUCGAAGAAGCCCCGCAGGUCCGACCGCUUGGCCCAGGCCGACCCGGACAAGACUCCCGUGUCGCGCGAGCAUCAUCUGCCGUCGCCCGUCACAAACAAUGCCGCUGAAGCUUCGACCGAGCUUCCCAAAGAGCACACGGCGACGCCUCCCGUAGCCAUGGCCGACGAGCUUACCCCCAGGAAGGCUCCCGAUAGCCUGGGACAGAGCCAGGCGCUGUCGUCUCCUCCGCAAGACACGCAGCCGCUCAGCCAGUUCAUCGAUCGCCACCCAGCGCUCUCUGAUGAUGUUGUGGAUGAGCUCAAGGAAGGUGUCUGGGGCUAUCUAGUCCCCUUGGACCCCAAAUAUGGCGACAAGCCUUUGGUGCUCAAAAAACGCGUCGCAUGCCCCGUUUCCGAUGCUGUUGAGCCUACCGUGGACGGCGCAGUGCAGGACAAGGAGUCAUCGGCUGCCAAGGAAGAGGAGGCAUUUGAAAAGACCAAAGUAAAGGGCGUUGCAGCUGGAGGAUACCUGAUUGGACGUCACCCCGAGUGCGCCGAAGACGUGGUUGUUAGCGAGGGAGUCGUUUCCAACCGACACUGCCUUAUUUUCGCGGAAAACGUCGGGACAGAUACUGUAGCAGUCGUUGAAGACGUGUCAAGCAAUGGAACGUACGUCAACGAGGCUCUCGUCGGGCGGAACCAGCGUCGCGAACUGGAAGACCAGGAUGAAAUCGCCGUGCACGGCAAAGCAAGAUUUGUCUUCAGAUACCCUCAGAGCCGGCAAACAAGCGCGUUUUCACAACAGUACACGCUUAUGGAGAAGCUCGGAAAGGGCCAUUUCGCAGAGGUCUAUCUGUGCGUAGAGAAGUCGACUGGCAAGCGAUAUGCCGUCAAGAUCUUCACCAAGCAUCCUGGCAAGGAGGAUAAAUCCAAGACCGAAGGCCUGCAGCAAGAGAUUGGCGUUCUGAUGGGCGUCAGCCACCCCAACGUCCUUUGCCUCAAAGAUACCUUUACUGAGCGCGAACACGUUUACUUGGUCCUAGAGCUUGCCCCUGAAGGCGAGCUGUUCAACUACAUUGUUAGGAAGCAGAAGCUGAGCGAAGAUGAGACGAGAAAGCUGUUCCUUCAGCUUUUCCAGGGCAUCAAAUAUUUGCAUGAUCGUAACAUUGUACAUCGAGAUAUUAAGCCAGAGAAUAUCCUGGUUGUAGACCAAAAUUUGCAUGUGAAGCUGGCCGAUUUCGGAUUGGCCAAGAUUAUCGGAGAAGAAUCAUUCACAACAACGCUCUGCGGCACUCCCAGCUAUGUCGCACCCGAAAUCCUGGCCGAUACUAAGAAUCGAAAAUACACCAAAGCCGUCGAUAUCUGGUCGCUCGGUGUUGUGCUGUAUAUUUGCCUCUGCGGCUUCCCACCUUUCUCUGAUGAGCUCUUCUCGAGAGACUUCCCUUUCACGCUCUCUCAGCAAAUCAAGAGUGGUCGAUUUGACUAUCCGUCGCCUUACUGGGACUCAGUCGGUGACCCAGCCCUCGACCUGAUCGAUUGCAUGCUGAUCGUGGAUCCGGAGCGUCGUUAUACUAUCGACCAGUGCCUCAAGCACCCAUGGCUCACGUCCGCCGCACCGGCUGUGAAUGACAGCACCGGAGGGCUCGUGGGUGGCAUCGAGGGUUUGGAAGUCAACCGUCGAGCUCCUGUUAGAGAAAGAACAUUGCUGGCAACGCUCAAUUCCGUGUCGAUUGCUGCUGAACUGGACGGCGGAAGCAAGGGAACUCCCAUCAAGGUGUUUUCUAAGAACAAACAUCGCAUGGCUAAUGCGCCCCUUGAGGCAGGCCCCGCACAUCAACGAGCGCCCGAAGAAUUCAUCGCAAUGGGUGGCAAAGGAGACCAGCAGCUGUUUGGUGAUGACACCGGGAGCACCUACCCUACCGGCGACAUCGCUGCGAAAAAGAAGGCGGCGGGCAAACCAAACGGCAAAUAAACGAAGUGACGAUCUUUCAGUUGGCAACAACGCGCCUUGGCUGUUUCAGUCAAUCAUCGGAGUCUUUGCGUGUAUAUAUAGAAUUGGCAAGUCGGUGUGGUAUUUGGUAUGGGAGAUUUGGUCCGGAUCUUUUUUCUCUCUCCAUUUGAUUUUCUUUGCUUUUCUGCAUUUGCUUUUUUCCGUUUUAAUGUUGCGCUUGUCUUUCUUUCGUUGGGAUAUCUGGGGACUACAUGACAUGUUUGGGGGGCUUUAACGGAGACCAGCUGUCUCCUUUGGGCCCUGGGAAGGGUCCUCUCUGGCCUCGCGGGCUAGAAAAAAAGAUUUGCGUUUAGGGCAACAAGUAUCCAUAAUAGCGAUAACAAAUAACAGCAUCUUGCUUC